UUUUCCUAUGCAUGUUUAGGGGUGGACCGGUAAAUUGCCCGGAUGCUAAAGGCAACGUGCAUUGUUGCCUGUCUCUGUUGCACAACUGCUGUACCAUUCUUUUCCACGUUAUACCAUCUUGUCUCCUUCAGACGAGCAAAUCGUGUCAUCAUUAAACAACAAAGAUGUUGCGUCUACCCACAGUGAUGAGGCAGAUGAGGCCAGUCAGCAGGGCCCUGGCCCCUCACCUCACCCGGGCUUACGCCAAGGACGUCAAGUUUGGAGCCGAUGCUCGGACCAUGAUGCUGAAGGGAGUGGAUCUGCUGGCUGAUGCUGUCGCCGUCACCAUGGGACCCAAGGGUCGCACAGUCAUCAUCGAGCAGAGCUGGGGCAGCCCCAAGGUGACCAAGGACGGUGUCACUGUAGCCAAGGCCAUCGACCUGAAGUGCAAGUACCAGAACAUUGGUGCCAAGCUGGUCCAGGACGUGGCCAACAACACGAACGAGGAAGCGGGAGAUGGCACCACCACUGCCACCGUGCUGGCCAGAGCCAUCGCCAAGGAGGGCUUUGACAGCAUCAGUAAAGGAGCUAACCCUGUGGAGAUCCGCCGUGGCGUCAUGCUGGCUGUGGAGACCGUCAUCAACGAGCUGAAGAGGAUGUCCAAGCCAGUCACCACCCCUGAGGAGAUUGCCCAGGUGGCCACCAUCUCUGCUAAUGGAGACGUGGAGAUCGGCGCCAUCAUCUCCAACGCCAUGAAGAAAGUGGGCCGCAAGGGAGUCAUCACUGUCAAGGAUGGCAAAACCCUUUAUGAUGAGCUUGAGAUCAUUGAGGGGCUGAAGUUCGACCGCGGAUACAUCUCCCCUUACUUCAUCAACACAGCCAAAGGCCAGAAGUGUGAGUUCCAGGAUGCCUAUGUGUUGCUGAGUGAGAAGAAGAUCUCUUCUGUCCAGAGCAUCGUCCCUGCCCUGGAAUUGGCCAACCAGCACCGCAAACCUCUAGUCAUCGUGGCCGAGGAUGUUGACGGAGAGGCCCUCAGCACCCUGGUCCUCAACAGGCUGAAGGUGGGACUGCAAGUGGUGGCAGUCAAGGCCCCAGGCUUUGGAGACAACAGGAAGGCCCAGCUGCAUGACAUGGCCGUUGCCACCGGGGGCACUGUAUUUGGUGAUGAAGCGGUGGGCAUUGCCCUGGAGGACAUCCAGGCCCAUGACUUUGGUAAGGUUGGCGAGGUGUCUGUCACCAAGGAUGACACCAUGCUGCUGAAGGGGAAGGGAGACACUGCGGCCAUCGAGAAGCGCCAGGCAGAGAUCGUUGAGCAGCUGGAGAACACCACUAGCGACUACGAGAAGGAGAAGCUCAACGAGAGGCUGGCCAAGCUGUCUGACGGAGUGGCUGUGCUCAAGGUAGGAGGAACGAGUGAUGUGGAGGUGAACGAGAAGAAGGAUCGUGUGACAGACGCCCUGAAUGCCACCAGGGCCGCUGUGGAGGAGGGCAUCGUGCCCGGAGGUGGCUGUGCCCUGCUGCGCUCCAUCCCUGCCCUGGAUGCCCUCGUGCCCAUUAACACUGACCAGAAGAUUGGAAUUGACAUCAUCAGACGAGCCCUGCGUGUGCCAGCCAUGACCAUUGCGAAGAACGCUGGUGUGGAGGGCUCUCUAGUGGUGGAGAAGAUCCUUCAGGCCGCGGGGGAGAUAGGAUACGAUGCCAUGGAGGGAGAGUACGUCAACAUGGUAGAGAAGGGCAUCAUCGACCCCACCAAGGUGGUAAGAACGGCACUGAUGGACGCUGCAGGUGUUGCUUCUCUGCUCUCCACCGCAGAGUGUGUGGUCACAGAACUGCCCAAGGAUGAAAAGGAGGCUGGCAUGCCAGGUGGCAUGGGUGGUAUGGGGGGUGGCAUGGGAGGUGGCAUGUUCUAAGGCUCACCUCAAAGUGCUGUUUAGACUUAAUGGCAGCAUGAGGCUAGGGGGCAAAUUAUCCCUCCAACCCCAGACCUGCCUAAACAGACUGGCCAUAAGUUUGUUGGUGCUGCAAAUGGAUGAACCCUACUACUUCUGCUGAUUGUCCACCCUCUGUAAGACCGGACCAGCCUCGCCCAGCCUUACUCCGUCCCUCUACCCACACCUGACUGAGGCUCUGACCGACUCCAAUCUGCACCGAUGAUUCCCCCCCCCCACACAGUUUACCUCACAAACAUGGCAGUCUCAUCAUCCAUCCUCAACAUGCAAAAUAGUCAUAAAUAUAAUGCAGAAUAUUCACUGUCAAUUAUGAAAGAUGCUCACCAGUGAGAAUAAUGCAAUGCUGUUCUUGAUAAGUUGUCAUUUGAUAUCAAAUGGAAGUAAUGAAGCCUGUUUGUGUGCACUACAGAAGUUCAAAAGAGAAGACUGACCUAAAAUGGUCAAACACAGUAUAGAUGUAACACAAUAUUGAUUUACAGAAGGGGGGGGGGUUGGGUUGCAGGAACAACACUUAUUUUUUUGUAACCUUUUUGUUAAUUUCAGUUUUCCAGGUUCAUCCACAAUGUUGGGAGGAACCAUAACUGAGAGGGGUUAAGUUAAUUAAAAAACAAUUAUUGCUGAG